ACACGGCAGCUUGCUCUGAAAACUGUGAGAUGGCGGACAAGCACAAGCCCUUUCUCAAUAUCCAGAUCGUGGCUAUCUACUGUACCCCAGAUAGAGGACCGGAACAUCCUGCUAAUGGGUCUGCCUGGAGCAGGAAAAACCUCUGUGGGGCGUGUURUUGCUCAUAGACUGGGAGUGCCUGUCAUUGACGUGGACAACCAUAUCCUGGAGGUGACAUGGAAGAUGCCGGUGGCUGACAAGCUGUCCGAGGUCGGAGAUGAACGUUUCCUGGAAGAAGAGGGUCGGGCUCUUUGCAAAUUAUCCACCUCUGGUAGUGUCAUCUCCCUAACAGGAUCCAACCCACUCCAUUCUGGGGCUAUGCAGCACCUCAAACGCACUGGACUGGUAGUGUAUCUGGAUGUAGCCACCGAUGACAUCAUACAGAGGCUCUCCAGGAUGAAAGUGAACAGGAUUGUGGGCCAGGAGGCUGGGGUACCCAUCAGGCAGAUUCUACACUACAGGAAGCAGUUUUAUGAGAAAUGGCUUGACACUAGAGUGCUCUGUGGGACUGGAGAUACUGUUGAGGAGAUUGCAGAGAAGGUGCUUCAGGCUGUGGAGAGAUACCAGAACUCGAAAUCGGAGACCUUUGUGUCAACCAGGAGGGAGAACGGAUCAUCUAGUGAAUCAAAAUACUUCAGUGACGUUGUUUUAGAGGGGUUAGCUCCCGAUGGUGGACUAUACGUGCCCCAAAAAGGCUUUCCGAAGCUCGACGUACGAGAAUGGCUAAGAAUAGCAGAAAUGUCCUAUCCUGAACGAGCCUUAGCCAUGCUUGAAAAGUGCAUACACCCCAUGGACAUCCCUGGUACCGAUCUCAGAAGAAUGGUGUUCAGAGCUUACGGKGUUAACUUUGCCAGCGAGGCCAUUGCACCGGUGAAACACCUAGUUCAUAACCAGUUUGUGCAGGAGCUCUUCCACGGCCCCACUGCUUCCUUUAAAGACCUGGCCUUGCAGUUGAUGCCUCAGCUCUUCGCCUAUUGUCUCCCACAAAUGUGCAACUACCUCAUCCUUGUGGCAACAUCCGGUGACACCGGCAGUGCAGUGGUGAGUGGGUUCGGCAACCUUCAUGACCUGGACCGGCAGAGGGUCGGCGUGCUGGUGUUCUUCCCAGAGGAAGGAGUGAGUGAGAUCCAGAAGCGACAGUUGACAGCCUACAAAGAGGGCAACGCCAGGGCUGUCGGUGUCCUAUCCGACUUUGACUUCUGCCAGAGGGCCAUUAAGACCAUGUUUGGGGAUUCAGGUCUGACAGGGCAUUUAGCUGUGGAGUAUGGCACUGUCCUUAGCACUGCUAACUCCAUCAAUUGGGGAAGGCUGCUACCACAGGUGGUCUAUCACGCCUCAGCAUAUCUAGAUCUUUUCAAAGAUGGGGUUAUCAAGUUCGGAGAGCCCAUCGAUGUAUGCAUCCCUACCGGUAACUUUGGCAAUGCCAUGGCAGCCCUGUACGCAAAGCAAAUGGGAAUCCCGAUAAGAAAAAUCAUCUGCGCUUCCAACCAAAACCGAAUCGUUUCUGACUUUAUUACGACAGGGGUGUGUGAUCUCCGAAACCAGCCUCUCAUUGCCUCGCUKUCCCCAGCCAUAGACAUCCUCAAAUCCUCCAACCUGGAGAGAUUUCUCUACCACACCUCAGGUGGUGAUGGCUGUCUUGUUAGAGAUCUGUUCACGCGCUUAGAAAAAGACCAGUACUUCAAAGUCUCUGAGUCAUUGCUCCAAAAGAUCCAGGAGGAUGUGGUGGCUGGCUGGUGCUCUGAAGAGGAAUGUCUGGCUGCCAUCCUAAAUGUUCACACCAAAACUGGUUACGCGAUGGACACACACACCGCUGUUGCUAAGGCGGUUGCCGACCGGCUACAGGACCCAUGGUGUCCAGUGGUGAUCUGUUCUACAGCGCACCACGGGAAGUUUGCCCCCACCGUUCUCAAAGCGCUGCAGUGCCCGAACAACCCCUCAGAUCCUGUGGACCAGCUGAGGGAGCUGGCCUCUGUAGCGUCCACACCUCGGAUGCACCAAAACAUGCUUCAGUGCCUGAAGGAAAACAGUAGAGGAGAACAUACAGUGUGUCAAGCAGAUUUCAGUGUGUUAGUGGAGGAGGUGGAAUCCAUGAUUCAAGACUCUUUCUUGAAAGUUCUUUAGGUCUCUUUCAGAUAAACAAACCGAUAAAGACYCUGGGGUAGGGUGGUACUUUUUUAUUUUCAUUCAGUGUGUUGAGGAGGGCAGUUGAAAAUGAAAGUSAACCCAUGAAUUARUAAAUCAUGAAUUCAUGUGGGKUUUUUUUGUCUUAUGAAUUGUGCAAUUGAUCUCCUUAUUUGACAGAAUUUGGGUUUAGAUGGAUGUUUCUACAGCGACUGGAGAUGUCAUAGCAUAAGUCUUCUGUACCCACUAGAUGGUGAUAUUUACCACAUGGCUCCUAUGCAGCCAAGAGGUCCCCUCAGGUUUCAUGAUAUGUAGUUGUGGUUCAGAAGCUCYUAACUAGCCCCAACGGCCCAAUACAUGAGACUAAAUUGUGGAGUCAUUACCUUGUGCCAAAGGAACAACUAUAUAUAGAACUAAAUAUGCUUGUUCCUGUUUGUUAUGUAGUAUGGUUUAACCCAGAUGUGCUKUUUGUUACAAGCAUUUCGCUACCACCCGCAAUAGCAUCUGCUAAACAUGUGUAUGCGACAAAUACAAUUUGAUUUGCUCUUGUUUAUUUUUUACAAWUGUACAUUCAUUUCCCUUCUUUUGUAUGUACUAUGUUAUGUAACUGUCAUAUUACAAUCCUAAACAACACGAAGGACAUACUCAGGUUGAUUUUCAUCUGACUAUUGGUAUUAAAUGUUUGUUUGUGUGAA